AUGGCUCGAAACUGUUCGAAAUCGGUUCGCAGCUCGCUGUCAACCACGUCAUCAUCAUCAUCGUCCUCGACUUCUUCCUCAUUCGAUAGAGACAAAGUUGAUGCUCCCGGGUCUUCGAAUCGACCUCGUUUUCCGAUCGUAGCACCUCCUGAGUACCCUCCAAAAGCCGAUCGCGUAAUUUAUAACGCCAAGAAAAAACAUCGAUCCGAGAUCAGUCCCAAGAAAUGGACUCGAGAAGGUUUUGCCGGCUCCGACGUGUGUGACUUACCGGUCGACGAGUGCAACUUGAUCAAGCGGGAGCACUGCAGUGAGUUAAGUGUCAAGCGCUUUAUCAACGAGUACGAACGACCGUACAUUCCCGUCGUGAUCGAUGGUAUCCCCGAGACUGAAAAGUGGGAAGCUCUGAAGCAUUGGACGCUGAAACAACUGCGUCGAGAUUAUAAGCGCGCGGAGCUCAAGUGCGGCGAAGACGACAACGGCAAGUCCAUCCGCAUGAAGUUCAAGUACUUUGUGACGUACUUGAAACGUCAGACGGACGACAGUCCGCUCUACAUCUUUGACAGUACAUUCGAAGACCAUAGGGACACCAAACCGCUGCUUGACGACUACAUCGUGCCCAAGUACUUCCCAGAGGACCUGUUCUCGCUAGUUGGCGAGGACAGAAGACCGCCGUAUCGAUGGUUCCUGGUAGGUCCCAAACGCUCAGGCACUACUUUGCAUGUGGACCCGCUUGGCACCAGUGCGUGGAACACAUUAAUUGUGGGGCGCAAACGCUGGGUGCUGUUCCCGCCGCACUUACCCAAGCGUCUUGUGAAUGGCAAGAAUCAUGUGCACGGCGACGAAGACGACGAGGCGGUCAACUAUUUCAUGGAUCUGUUGCCUCGUCUUAAGCAGGCAAGCUCACCGGAGACACUACAGUGUGUCGAAUUUAUGCAGUUUCCAGGUGAAACGGUGUUCGUUCCCGGCGGGUGGUGGCACGCUGUGCUCAAUGUGGAUGAUACCGUGGCAGUCACGCAAAAUUUUUGCAGCUCGCAAAACUUUCCUACUGUCUGGCGCAAAACGCGAAGUAGUCGUAAGCGUAUGGCUGUCAAGUGGCUUAAACGGCUGGAAACUCACAACCCGGAGCUAGCAGCGAUGGCUAUGAAGCUCAAUCAAAACGAUAAAUUCGUUAUGUACAGCAAGGACCGCAGGAGGUGCGAAAUGCCGCCGUCCAGCUCACGCAAGAGGAAGAAAAAACACAGUGAAGACGAAUACAAUUCAGCGCGAGACUUGCACUAUCACGGCAAAAAGACAAGGUGUGCUGCUAAUGCAAAAUAA